AUGGAUGCAUAUCAAAACUACAACAAUCUUAUACAUCAAGUCCAUACCGGGGAAUUUGAUGCUGCAGUUGGAGAUAUAACAAUCACCGCUAACAGGUCUCUAUACGUGGACUUUACAUUGCCAUACACGGAUCUUGGCAUUGGAACGCUGUCUCGAAAUGAUGAUGUAAGCAUGUGGAUCUUUAUGAAACCGCUGAGUUCAGAUCUGUGGCUUGUGUCUGCUUGUUUCUUUAUAUUACUCGGUUUUGUCAUUUGGAUCCUUGAACAUCGGACGAAUGAAGAGUUUCAAGGCUCGCCAUCAGAACAGAUUGGAACAACCUUAUGGUUUGCCUUUUCAACCCUUGUUUAUGCUCAUAGGCAGAAGUUGAAGAGUAAUUUGUCAAGAUUUGUAGUGACUGUGUGGUUGUUUGUAGUGCUGCUGCUUGCUUCAAGCUACACUGCAGCAUUGAGUUCACUAUUAACCAUUGAACAAAUUCGGUUAGCAUCAAAAGGAGACUUAAUUGGAAACAAAAAUGGCUCUUUUCUGCCACAUUCUACUUGA